CUGUUCUUUCUUUCAAUUCAAUUGACCCUAAACUCCCCCCAAGCCCUUGCGAUUUUUCUGUUCCUCUUCGGUUCAUCCGCCUUCUUCUAGAAUGGGACAUUCUAGAAAGGGGCUCUUCGGUGGCUCUCCUUACAGUCCGGAUCGAUGGGCUUUUGAUCGGCUUGGUCUCGACGCGGCGGAAAGGCGACUCACAACCCUCGCCGCCAACCCAGAAAUGCUCCAACGAGAGAGGCACCGCUUCAGCAUCUCUCCGCCACCGCCGCGUGCCUCGCCGACUUCCUCGAAGCUCAGCAACGAUGUCUCGACGAUCAGCGACGAGCCAAUGCCCAGUCUGAAGCCCGGAGAGCGGGAAGAGAUGGAAGUGUACUUAGAGAGGAGAUGCUCACGUGUGUCGGAACAGUUCGUCGCCGAAGUGUCCAUGGAGAACAGGCGCCUAUAUCCAGAAUUGACCUGUGUCAUCUUGUGCGAGUUCGACGGAGUGGCGGCAGAGAAAGUCAAGGCGGACUGGAGAGCUCAGGGAAUAUGGGACGAGCGGUGGGGCAGCACAUAUUUGAUGUACAGGGGAAAGUGGAAGCACGAGCAGCCGCUCACCGACGAUGAAGAAGAGGGCGGCGAAGAAAAUGGCGAUGGCAAGACGGAGCUGCUCGAACCCGCCUCGGAAUGCAGGCCUCACCGUCCCCCUUCAGGCCUCUUCUCUACCCAGCCACCACCGUCGCCACCUAAGCCGCCGACGACGAAGAAUAAGAAGGACAGGAAGACGCGGGAGGCGGCAGAACGAGACCGCGACGCGUCCCGCCCGUUCCAGCGCUUCAUCUACUUGGUCUCGAGAGAACGCGAGCGAAUCCUGGCCACCGCUGGCUCGACCGGCCCCGACUCGACCGGCCCUGCGACUGCCCCCCUCGACAUCAAUACGCAGGCCUACACGAACGUCAAGGCCAACUGGGUCGAACGGGGCCUCUGGUACCGCAAAUGGGGACAACUGCCGGGCAUGAACUGGAAGCACGAAUUCCCCCCCGACCCCGACGAGCGUUGGAUGGAGGGAUAUACGCCGCCUCCCGCGCCGCUCAGAAGCCCGCCACCCAUCUUUGGCGUAAAUCCUCCCAUGGCGGACGGCCCAGGAGGCACCCAGGAAGUCGCCGACCCUUCUCCCGCGGGCGGAAACUCACCUCUAAUCCUCCGAUCGGAAGUGCCACGCCGACGUGGCCACGUAUCUCCAGCCGAGGUCUACCCUACCAUAGAGACUCCCGACGAAGUCUCGGUUUCCAUCGCCAAAUUGCUCGCUUCACCCGCGACGUCCCCCGACCCGGAGCAAGGCCCUAGGCGGGCAGGCGGCAUCAGGUCGUCUCUCCGGAGCAGAAAGCUUGACUUGGUCGUAUCCGGGAGCAUCUCAAAAGCCAGCAAAGGGCGAAGUCCCGCCGGACGCCGGACUCGCUCUCGUAAGACACCGGUUUUCGUCGCCCAGGUACAGGGUCAGGCCAAAACACGUCGGAGCGCCCGCCUACAGGCGCUCAAUUUGAAGAUGCCCCAGUCGAUGGCGACGCGGGAUGUAGGAAGUGCGAAGAGUGUUGCCGAGUGUCAGGAGAUUAACAAACUUCAACGCACCACGCGUGGAAAGAGGAUGGAGAUGUGA